AACAAAAUUAUCAAGAACUACACAAGAAAUUGCUAUUGAAGAACCAGAUGAUAUUAAAGCAUUCAUAUUACGAUCUAUCAAACGAUGGUGUGGUGAUAAUAAGGCUAUUUUAAAAUUACGUGAUUUUCAACUUCAAGAAACCGAACAUUUUACUUUAAACUUCACUGAUGAUGGAAAAAUUUUUAUUACAUGCAAAUGUGGAGAAAAAAUUAACUUAUAUAAAUUUCGAGGAAAAUUCCAAUUAUCUAAUUUUUAUCGACAUUAUAAGGCUUCAAGCUGUUCGAUGUUAGAAAACUUACAAAAAGAAGAACAAGAAAAACAAAAUUAUAGAAUGUUAUCAGCAAUUGCUGCAACACUUCCACCAUCUGAUUCACGAGCAUUACUUUUAUCAUCAGCUCAAAAUCCAAAUGGAUUAGAUAUGCCAAAUAGUCCAUCUACUUCAUUACCAACAGAAUUAUCAAUUAACACAACAUCAAAACGACGUGCGGACGCAGAAAAUUCCAACAAUAUUGUAUCAACAUCAAAAAAACAAAAGAAAUAA